CUCUCACUUCUGUAAAGACGUGGUUGAGCGAGAACUUCUCCAUGAAAGACUUAGGGGAUGCUAGUUAUGUCCUUGGCAUAAGAAUCUACCGAGAUAGAUCAAGAAAGUUAAUAGGUCUAAAUCAAAGUACAUAUAUAGAUAAAAUCCUUGAUCGAUUUAGCAUGUCUAACUCAAAGAAAGGAUCUUUACCUAUGACACCUGGCACGGUUCUUUCCAAGAGCCAGAGUCCUUCUACUCCCGAGCAAAAGGAACUCAUGAUGAAGGUUCCAUACGCCUCUGCGAUUGGAUCCAUCAUGUACGCCAUGAUAUGUACUAGACCUGAUGUCUCAUUCGCUUUAAGCGUGACCAGCAGAUACCAGGGAAGUCCAGGAGAAGCACACUGGACAGCGGUCAAGAACAUCCUCAAGUAUCUUCGCAAUACUAAGGAUGCAUUCCUGGUAUACGGUGGUGAGGAAGAGCUAAAGGUGGUCGGUUACACUGAUGCUAGCUUCCAAACCGACAGAGACGAUUCAAAAUCACAAGCAGGAUAUUUGUUUUGCCUGAAUGGUGGAGCUUUUAGUUGGAAGAGCUUUAAGGAGGAUACAACCGCCGAUUCGACUACAGAGGCUGAGUACAUAGCUGCCGCCGAGGCAGCAAAAGAAGCUGUUUGGAUCAAGAAGUUCAUUACUGAACUUGGAGUGGUUCCUAGUAUUAAUGACCUUAUCUCGUUGUUUUGCGACAACACUGGGGCCAUUGCACAGGCAAAGGAACCGCGAUCUCAGCAGAAAACCAAACACAUUGUACGACGCUAUCACAUCAUACGAGAAAUCGUAGAUAGAGGAGAUGUGAUGAUUUGCAAAGUAGAUACUGACGACAAAAUAGCCGAUCCCUUGACCAAGCCUUUAGGAAAGCUAAAGCAUGAGGGUCACACUAGGUCCAUGGGCAUUCGACCGAUGCCAGAUUGGCCAUAGUGCAAGUGGGAGAUUGUUGGAGUUGUGCCCUGAUGGCCAACUGUUUAUCAUUAUUCUAUCAUCUAUAGGCAGAUAUAUUAUGUUUACACAUCUCAUGCUAAUGUAAACAAAUAUUAUAUUCCUAGAUAUAUAUUUAAAGAUGUUUAUCAGAUAGUGUUAUUCUGCUGAUGAGACUAACAUCUUGAAAUAAAUAUUUAUCUAAAUG